GUCUGGCGUUACACUACGGAAAGGUAUUUUGGGAAAAAUGGAAGAAACAAUAUCUUCCGUUAAUCGCUCAACGUCCAAAAUGGAACCAACGAUCGGAACCCAUUAAACUAGACGAUAUCGUCGUCAUUACCGAUACAACCAAUAAGAUAGGAACAUGGUUAAAGGGACGCGUAAUAGAACUCCAUAAGGGAAAGGAUGGUGAAAUCAGGUCUGCAAAAAUAAAAACCUUGCAGGGCACCUACAGUCGCCCAAUUACUGGCAUAGCUGUGUUGGAUGUUUAUAACAAGCAAGACGAAAAAACACAAGUAGCCGAUGAAAAACCGAUUGCUGAACAAUCAGUUAAAGAAGAUCAGGUUGAACAUGACUUCCUGGGUAUUAUUCAAGAGGGAACCCUCAAAAGGAAGAUGGAUAAUAUACCUGUAAAAGGGAAAAAGAAAAAAAUGGUAAGGCCUUGUAAUUGGGGGUCAAAAACCUUACAGGCAAAUACGAAAUAUGUUACUGCCAUCACCUCAUAUAACAGACAAGAAAGGAAAAACAAAUCUAAGAUAUUAUCAUUAAAUAUGUGGAACCUUGUAAUAAUGAUGUUGCUCUUUCUUUCAGCACAAGCUUUGGGCAAACCGGGACACGGUUUAAUCGCAUACGACUGUGCGCACGACAAUAUUAAUAUAACAAGUUAUUCGCUCACAAAAGUAGCUUCUUGCGUGCCUCAGUUUAAGAAUAUAACGACAUUAGAGACCAAAAUACAAGUUUUACAAAGAAGCCCAAAAACAUUAACACACGUUCGGCAAUGUAAGGUAAUUCUUAAACGCUCGAUAAAACACUGCGGGGCUUGGUCUCACACUUCCGAAUAUGAAAACGGAUUUGCGUAUGCAAUCAAGGAAUUUACGUCAGACGAAUGUAGACAUGCUCAAACGGUAGGCGAAGUUUCAAUCUCUUUUGAUAGAAAGGUUAAGGAAAUUGGUCGCAAUCAAACAACCCGGGGGCAAGCGUUAAUCGUCGGCAGCGUCAAGGGCUCAUCUUGCAUCGGAGGACUCUACACGACGCCAUCUGGUAGAUGGGAAGACGCCUUGGUGUACUACGAGUACGAGAUCAGCAUGCUUGACUACAUAGCAACAGCGGACAUCGAAGAAGAUCUAGUAACACUUCGAAACGGCGUCGUAUGUCCAUAUAGUGUUAGUUGGUGUUUGGAUAGUGAAUAUGGCUAUCUCACCUGGGAGGUUGAUCAUCAAAGAUUGUGCGAAAGAACCGACUUCGAAAUCAUCUAUGAAGGCACAGUUAACAAGACCUUCGACAACGACGGAAGCAGUGAUACAAAGGCCGUGUAUACUCUCAUAACACACGAGCAAAUGUUUUCUAUACGGGCUCGCGACGUCAAUCAAAUCUGCGGGUUUGAUAGCUAUAACACAGAUCACCCAAGAAUCUUUAUACUUGAGUUAAACGGUUAUCAAUCGCCGUUUAAACGCAAGGCGGUAAAUGGGAGAAACCUGGAUCUCUUUACCUAUUUCAACUCAAAAAUAACGUUAGUGGAAAGCUACCUCGGUCAAAAGCUAAACGACGUCUAUACAACAGUAAUGACGGAAAUGUGCAAGGUCGAUAAAGCUUUAAUGGAAACUAAGUUAACGCUCGCACGUCUUAACCCUAGCGAAUUUGUUUCCAAUCUGAUUAAACGACCAGGUCACACGGCGGUAGUCGCAGCAGAGGUACUGUACAUUAUUGAGUGCAAGCCGGUCUUCGUCAUCUACGAAAGGAAAGAUGACUGCUAUCAAGAAAUACCGGUGAUAUACAACAACCGCUCCAUGUUCAUCGCACCAGUAACUAGGGUGUUACAACCAAGAGGUACCCAGAUAGAAUGCACUCCACUUCUGCCCGCUAAAUUCAACAUCGGCGGAAGAUGGUAUACUACAGACCAGAGGUUGAGAGAAACGACGCCACCGCAAGAACUAACGACGGACGUCGUCACGAAAUGGUCAUAUACUCCCUUACCGAGUCUGAUGGAAAGUGGUGUGUAUGACUACGAAAACCUGCAACGGAUGAAGGAUAUGGUGUACGAGCAGAGCGACAAAAGAAUUGCUUCUUCAGUCGUACAUAAGAUAAUGUCAGGCCAGCAUCCGAAUCUUCAAGGCUUCUCGUUUGAUACUCUAAUCCCCGAGAAUAUCAUUCACGGCGUGUUCGAUAAAUAUUGGUCUAAGUUCGUAUCAUGGUCAACGUGGCUGGGCAACGUCACGUCUACAGCAAUUGGUAUCUACAUGUUCACUCGAGUCGUUAAAUUCAUCAUUGACACCGUAAUUCAUGGUAGAAUCCUGUACGACAUCUAUGGCCUCGGCUGGCAGCUCUUAGCUGCAUUUUGGGAUUCGUUGACGAAUCUGUUAUCGCAUCGAAACCAUAUGAUGAAAAAGCGAUAUGAAAACGAAUCACCAGAAGUCGUCACAAUCAACGAGAACGACGAAGAAGAAACUCAGGUACCACGUCUUCCAAACACCAAAACCAAACUAUACCCCAACAUAUGCGCCAUCGAUAGUCCUCAAUAG